AUGAGCUCGUGGGUUAUUUGCAAGUUCAUGGCCCCCGAAGCUCGCAAAGACGCGACGUUGAGGACGGCUGAAUCAAUGACGGAAUGCAUUGUCAGUGGUGAUGUCGUCCUAGCUGUCAGAGAUCUUUACAAGAACAUCAACACGUUCGCCGCGCUUCUUAGCUGUUACCACAUUCGAGGUGCGCUGCCACAAGAUAAUGUGGACUUUCGUGGCAUGGCAUGCUAUCCAAUCGUUGGUGCCCUAGAACACGAACUCAGCCUCAAUGAAGUGACGCAGCACUCCGAUGGCUCUGCUACCAUACCUGAUCAAAACUGGGCGGCUUUCAGGUCAUCGCAGCCUAGCAUAGACCUUCCAGCGGCUACACAAUGGCUUUCAAUCCUAGGUCACGAUCUUUACGACCGUCUGAUGGACUUUGUAGCGCCAGUCGGUCCUUUGUGGAAGGCCCAGGGUGGCGAAGAGAAGAUUACGGUGGAAAGAUGGCGGUUCUGGCAGAAUAGACUACGGUACUUUGCCUCAAAUGAUACCAUUCUGGGCGAUGGGAUCAAAACGGCAUGCAGACAAGCAGCAGAUCACAUGGACAAGACCGCCUGA